GCGAGGGUUGGGAGGUAUCACAAAGGGCGUCAGAAGGAGAGAAGAAGAGGACAAGGAAAACUCCAUCCCGACCGUCCACGUGCACUGAUACCGGAAUUGCUGUUCUCUUUCUCCCACGUCCAACUGUCCAAGUCCAAAUAUACCGCCAAUGUCCAAACCCAGGCCCAAGGGUUCCGUCACUCCUUCAUCACUCUACAUAGCAUUUCGCACAGGCAGUUGCUCAGACCAACCGCACCCGUCCCCAUGGAUUCCUCUUCGUCACCGGCGUCGUCGCUGCAUCUGGCCAUGGCCGCCUUGAUCGGUGCCUCCGUCAUGGCCAUCUCCGCCUUCUACAUUCACAAGCGCAGCGUCGACCAGGUCCUCCGCCGCCUCAUUGACAUCCGACGCAAGCUUCCUCCCGAUAACGCUGGCCGUCGCUCCGAGUUGCGUGGCCGAGAGGAGGACGAAGAAGAAGAAGAAGAAGAAGAAGAAGAAAAAGAGGAAAGAAUGGAGCGAGACUUUGACGGUUUUGGUUCCGACGAAGAGAUUGAGAUUGAUGGGAAAAUGUUGAGGCAGGCUCUAUCUAGGUCGGCGGAGCAUACCUCGUUUAGUUAUUACAGAGCUUCGUCUUCCUUACCAAAUUUAUCCGUGUCGAAUCAUUGGUUGGGCGGAGACGCUAAGUUUCGUCAGCCAGGGAGGAUCACUCCACAAGUUUCUUCUUCUUCCUUUGAUAAAUUAGAUUUGAUUCCCUCGGGUCUCACACAGCUUCAAACAACUCAAAGAAACAGAGAGGAUCAUAUGGUUAACCCUUCUGCUUCUACAAUGAGCGUAGCAUCUGUUGGUAGGCUGAUGACUCCAAGAUCUCCUGGUGGCAAUGCAUUUGGAAAUGGAGGGGACUCUGAUGAUGAAGUGACGGAGCCUGCAAAUGGAGAGGACAUUGUUUUCAGCUAUGACAACAUAAAUUCGUCAGCUGAUUUUAUAAAUGGAAAUGGUGUAAAUUUAAAUGUUGAUAACUCAAGUAUUGAUCCAUUUAAAGCUGACAUUAGCAAUUAUUUCCAAGAUCAAGAAGGAAGAAUGACUGUAGGUAAGGAAAAAGCUGGUGUGGAACUGCAUGGCAAUGGGAAGGUAGAUGCAGAUAGAGCUCCAGUGCACAGUAAGGAAAAUGAUCCUGUUUCUGCACACGCUAUUUUGCCCCCGAGAACUGCGGUGCAUGAGUCAGGAAACAUAGAAGAGGAAGAAGUAAGGAAGAUGAUUCGUGAAUGUUUAGAUUUGCGGGAGAGUUAUGUUUACAAGGAGAAGGUUGCCCCAUGGGAGAAGGAACCUGUGGCAGAAACUACUGUUUUAGGGACUAACAAUGACCCAUUUCACUUCAGCCCUGUUGAAGCAACCGCUCAUUGCUUUAGGAUGGAAGAUGGUGUUGUGCAUGUUUAUGCAAGUGAAAAUGACACUGUAGAUCUUUUCCCUGUUUCAAGUUCGACAACAUUUUUCACUGAUAUGCAUCACCUUUUAAGGAUAAUAUCUAUAGGGAAUGUUCGUUCUGCCUGCCAUCAUCGAUUACGAUUUCUUGAGGAGAAAUUCCGUCUUCAUCUGCUAGUAAAUGCUGAUCGGGAGUUUCUAGCUCAGAAGAGUGCACCUCAUCGUGAUUUCUACAAUAUUAGGAAAGUCGAUACACAUGUGCAUCACUCUGCUUGCAUGAACCAGAAACAUCUUUUGCGCUUCAUUAAGUCAAAAUUAAGAAAAGAACAUGACGAGGUUGUCAUAUUUCGAGAUGGAAAAUAUCUUACACUUAAGGAGGUUUUUGAGAGUUUGGACUUGACGGGGCAUGAUCUCAGUGUUGAUUUGUUGGAUGUGCAUGCCGAUAAGAGCACGUUUCAUCGAUUUGACAAAUUCAAUCUUAAGUAUAAUCCUUGCGGACAAAGCAGACUCAGAGAAAUUUUCUUAAAGCAAGAUAAUCUGAUCCAAGGACGUUUUCUGGCAGAAGUAACAAAGGAAGUAUUAUUGGAUCUUGAAGCUAGCAAAUACCAGAUGGCGGAGUACAGAUUGUCCAUAUAUGGAAGAAAACAAAGUGAAUGGGACCAGCUUGCAAGCUGGGUUGUUAACAAUGCAAUCUAUAGUGAGAAUGCUGUUUGGUUUAUUCAGCUGCCGCGACUUUACAAUGUGUACAAAAAAAUGGGGAUCGUUACAUCCUUUCAGAAUAUUUUGGAUAAUGUGUUUAUUCCACUUUUUGAAGUCUCAAUUGAUCCAAGCUCUCAUCCUCAUCUACAUUUGUUCCUAAACCAGGUUGUGGGUUUUGACAUUGUUGACGAUGAAAGUAAACCAGAAAGGCGUCCAACCAAACACAUGCCCAAGCCAGCUGAAUGGACCAAUGAAUUCAAUCCUGCAUACUCUUAUUAUGCUUAUUAUUGUUAUGCAAACUUGUAUGUUCUCAAUAAGGUCCGGGAAUCAAAAAGAUUGCCAACAAUCAAAUUCCGGCCUCAUUGUGGGGAGGCAGGAGAUAUUGACCAUUUGGCUGCUGCAUUUCUUCUAUGCCAUAAUAUUUCACAUGGCAUCAAUUUGCGGAAGUCACCUGUCCUGCAGUACUUGUAUUACCUUGCUCAGAUUGGAUUGGCUAUGUCACCGCUGAGCAAUAACUCCCUUUUUCUGGACUAUCAUCGCAACCCAUUCAUCAUGUUUUUCCAGCGUGGCCUCAAUGUUUCACUCUCAACUGAUGAUCCCCUGCAAAUUCAUUUGACAAAAGAACCACUUGUGGAAGAAUAUAGUGUUGCAGCCAAGGUAUGGAAGCUUAGUGCUUGCGAUCUUUGUGAGAUAGCAAGAAAUUCUGUGUAUCAGUCUGGAUUUUCACAUGUAGCAAAGUUGCAUUGGCUUGGUGGUAAAUAUUUUGUUAGAGGUCCUGGAGGAAAUGAUAUCCAUAAGACAAAUGUACCUAAUAUCAGAAUUGCGUUUCGGCAUGAGACAUGGAAGGAGGAAAUGCAGUAUGUCUAUUCUGGAAAAGCCAGAUUUCCAGAAGAAAUUGACCUUUGAAGAGACGCAAAGAUUGGUAAUUUGUGCUGCAGAUAGAACAUUGUUGCUGAUUUUUGAAUUGCAUUGCUGCUACCCCUAACAGGCUACCAGAGACGUGAAGCACCGGGAGAAGGAUGGCUAAUAAACGUUGUAAUGGGGACAAUGCAAUUUUGAGGCAGCAAAUUUUGUAAUUUUUCUGGAUAAUUUUGGGUUUGAAAUGCAGUCUAUCUUGCUUAGUAGAAUACAAUUGAGAAGUUUCACUCAAUUAUAAACUAAUCACGAGCAUUCCUGAUGCAGGCUUUAGGCAAGAGCUCUCGGUAAAUAAGAAAAAUAUAUUUAUCUGAA